AAACAGAAGGAGACAUCAUGAGAUAUUCACGUGCACGACAACGUGAGGUAAAGGUUAGAUCGAUAAAAUCGAAGAAAACGGACGUGCAUUCGUUUCGUUUUUAUGUCGCCGUAUACGUCCAUUGAUCGGCUUUCUGUUUAAACACCACAUCCAAUUAUGCAAAGUAAGGAUCUUUAUUUAUUCCUUUUUACUUUACUACGUCUUUUCUCAGCGCAUGUCAAACAUGUCCACACGAUUAAAACAAAGGGCUUGUUUUUGCAUGAAACAAGUAAAAUAAUAAAAGCUAUACAGAAGCAGGGCAGAGUUGUCCUAUACUACAGCAAUGGUUGGAUGUUGUCAGCCUUUGUCCCUUUGGCCAUGAAUUUACUCAUCUGCGUGUUUGCACUGACGUUCGUCCAGUUAAAAACCGAACGGGAUGGCCAACUAUUUGAAGUGAUUCACAGCAUUUUAGAUCAUUCCGAUUGUCCUGGAAUCGUACUCUCCAUCUCCGACGCGCAAACUCAGAAUGAAAUCUCGUUGCUCAACCUGUUGACAGGUAAUAACAGAAAACCCAUCACGCUGUCCUCUGACGGACGUAACGAAAUCGUUUGCAACGAUGCGGUCGUGUCGUGUUACAGCAACGCCAAUGAGCUUUCGUCGAUCUACCGCCAUCUCGGCCAUCAUUUUCAUCUCAACAAAGUGAUUGCCAUGACGAAUUCGACCGGGCAAGCCGACCAGCUGUUGCUGGACGUGAAGAACGAACGAAUUUUCGUGCUACUCGAACAACCAGCAUCAGACGAUUCGAUCGAAUUGCUGAGAUGGUCCGUCAGCGAUAAUCGCAUCCUCCGCUACGAGAAUGUCAGCGUUUUCGACACCCGCCAACAUUUGAAUCUCAAGUUCUCUGACCAACAUCUUAGAAUGGCAACGCUCCACCAUCCGCCAGCUGUCGUUGUCCGCACUGACGAGUCGGGAACCGCAUUGGAGGGGAUCGAACCGUCAAUCGUGAAACUCUUAGCAGAAAAAUUGAAUUUCACAUUCACGUACGUCAUGGCACGAGCCGACGAGAUGUGGGGGGAAAUGGUGAAGAACAAAACGACGGGCCAAAUUCUUCGUUUCACGGGCAUCCGCGGCAUGUUGGUGAGAAGAGAAGUUGAUUUAGCCUUCGGCGAUUUGUACGUGAUGCCGUCCUGGUUGCCUCACAUCAGUUUCAGCCAAAUAUACAAAACAGAUUACGAUUGUUUCGUCGUGCCCGGUCCGAAACCGUUGGCCAACUGGAUGGCGUUGAUUGCCCCAUUUUCUGCCAACACUUGGCUGGCCACUUGUGCCUCUCUCUUGCUCGUCACUGUCGCUCUAUUCUUAGCCGGCAAAUUAAAUCAGAGGAAAUCAUUCAUCGCUUCGUUCAUUUUCGCUCUCGGUCAACUCCUUUGGAUCCAACAGCCUCGUUUCCCCGAUGGAAGGGCGUCCGUCUGCCGCCUGUUUCUCAUCUGGUGUUGGCUUUUCGCGGCUACCAUCUUAUCCACCGUUUAUCGUUCCGGUUUGAUUUCAUUCCUAACUCGUCCGUUCGCCCAGCAGCCCAUCGAUACGAUCCAGCAGCUGGUGGAGAGUCCGCUCCAUAAAAUGAUGUUCAGCGAUUUCUACAAGACGGUGCUGUUGAAUUCAUCGGAUCCUCAUCGUCGUCAGUUAGGUCACCAACUGACGACCACCAAUAACAUCAGUCACAUGAUGGCCUUGCUAGAAACUGGCCAAUGGGCAGUCGAUUCAUCGCUGGAUAGCUUGAACUACUUGAUGAUGACGCCAUCCGGCUCUGCGCAUUAUUUGCACGUCAUGAAGGAGAGACUGUUCCCGACACGUUCGUCCUUUGGCCUUCAAAAAGACUCACCUUUAAAGGCUCGAAUCGACCUUGUGCUUCAACGUCUCACCGAAGCCGGUCUGAUUGAUUAUCAUCGUUCGAUGAAGCCAUCCGGAAGACAUCCGCAAAGUGCGUCGAAGCCAACCUUGGUGCGAUUCUCGUUGAUUAAUCUGGAAGGGGCAUUCUAUUUACUGGGCAUUGGCAUCCUCGUCUCGAUCAUGGCCUUUUUAAUCGAAUGCAUCCUUCCCCGUUUUACUGCAUCCGACUAAAAUUCGAUGUGUUUUUAUAAAGAAAUAAAUGCUGAUUUUGACUCGG